GAGAGAUCUAUGAGUCUGGCAAUUGAUUGACUCCGGAUGAUGUAGAUGGCGGAACGCUUGCGCUCGCAGCCUGCGGCGACUUGCUCUUGUUUACUUAUCAUCAUCGUCCCAAAUAUCAGAGUCCAUCUGGUGCCUUGGCAGUUAUAGGCAACAGCUUUCUCAAGUCUCCAUUCCUCUCCAUUUAACAUGGUCUGGUCCGGAAGCAUGUCCCAUCCCAACCUCUGCUGUGCAAGGUUUCGACUCCUGCUCCCCUUGACGGCUCUCCCGUCAGAUUAUCUGCCCCGCCGAGCUACAAUCUACCGCUAGCCCCCCGCAGAACAAUGCAUACUCUGACACUAUCCAGGCCCAAGGUUCUCCCGAAGCUUGUGAUUGACCCCUCCAUGGAUUACCGUAGUUCGUCGUCGUCUGGCUGCAGCUACAGCAGCCCCAGCAACAAAUCAUCCUCUAUGGUCAGCUAUGCAAGCAACGAAGACAUUUUGGUCCGCGCAAUUUAUGACUUUGACAGCUCGGAGUCGGAACAGCUUUCGCUCCGGUGUGGGGAGGUGCUGGAAGUGAUAUACAUGGACAACUCCGGAUGGUGCGCUGCACACAGAGAAGACGAUAAAUCUGUGGGCUGGAUUCCAACAUCUUAUGUCGAGCCUUUGUCGCAAACGAGUCUUGAGGACCCUGAUGGAUAUCGUGACAUAUGGUCGGCGACUGUUACGGACACUUGCUGCGUUCUCCAUUCCGGGCUCUUAUCCCAUUAUCACAAUCAGCUUUCCGCCCUGUCACCCGACAGCCUCGAUAGCCCCGGCCGCACCGGAACGCGCAGCAAGGCAAUAUCCCUGGGAGCGCAAGUGACACCAGAGCCCGAGCCUAAUACAACGCAACAAUCCUUUCUCUUCUCUGCCCAUCCUGCGGUGGAUCAUACAUUGUGCAACAUCCCCGCUUCUGUGCAAUCUCCACUAAUGAGCGAGGACCAAUCUCCCGCGCAAGAGAUCAUAUGGAACCCCAAUGAGCUGCUCAAACUGUGCCCUUCGUCUCCUUCUGCGCCGCCACCACCCCCACCUACGCCUGGGGCAGUUCUCAUAGGAGAAGCCUCGACACACCUUGAGGCUGUGGGACCUGGCUCUAUCAGCGCUGAAGAGGCGUGCCCGCUGUCUUCCGACGCCUACUCUGUGUGCCACCCACGAUGCGCGCACCGGCGCCUCGUGCGCAUGGAGGAUGGGCUGUAUUUCAGGCCUCUCUCCGUACUGCUAGAGACACAAAGCAUCUAUAGCGAGCCGGAGGAUGGGACCCAAGACGACGAGCUCGAUUCGCCGGAUGAGCAUCCGUCCUUCGGCUCUUCGUCGCGGAGAGCGGACAAGAUCAAGCAAAUCACAGGGGACGAGAUCGCACAGGCUGUACACGCCGCAAAGAUAGCUCAUGUGUUGCUACCGCGGUAUCUGCGCCCCACUCAUGGACAAGAGCUAAGGUUAGACCACGACGGCUCAGUCAUUGCCGGUACGCUUCGCGCCCUGGUGGAAAACCUUGCUUCGGAACCAUUUCAUCCUUCCAUCGAACGACACUUUCGACAUGCCUUCUUCUCCACGUUGCGCACCAUGGGUACUCCUGACGAGCUGUUUGAUCAGCUGCUUGACCAGUACCACCAGGAGCAGCCAGAUAGCCUCACUGGCGUGGAAGCCGAUGAUUGGCGAAUAAAGCGUCUCUUCCCCGCUCAGCGACGCGUGCUUUCCGUGUUCGAGACAUGGCUCGUGCACCACCGGAUGGUUGAAGAUGACCCGCCCGUCGCUCAACGCCUUCAGACUUGGCUGAACAGUCUAGUCGAAGCUAGUGAAAAUAUCGCACUGGCUAGCGAACUGUUGAAGACCUUGGAGCGCCUAACAUUCGCAGUGCCUUCCAGACCUUCGCCGGCCAGUAAGCACUCGAAGAGGAGAAAGACCCGGGACUCGAAGCAUGAACUUCUGAGGGUGGACCCGUCGUUGCUUGCAGAGAACCUCUGCCUGUACGAGAGCAGGCUCUUUUCGAAGGUCGCGCCACGUGAAUUUUUGGAAUGGAUCAAUACGCGGCUUGGAGACCCUGUCGCUAAUCUCCUCACAUUCUGCAACAUGCACGACAAACUGGGAGCGUGGGUCAAGCACAGCAUAUUGUUGACCAACAACUUAGCCCACAGGGCCGAUGUCGUCGAUCUUUGGGUCAAGGUUGCGGAGAGGUGUCGAGAAAUGCACAACUUCUCUUCAAUGAGUGCCAUCGUCAC